AUGUCUGAUCCAGUGGCCGAUUUCCUUGCAAGAGAGCAAGGCGUGCUUGCAGGUAUUGAUGAUUACACAUUGGACGUGGCACCUUUGGAGGGUGCACUAAUUAAUGGACCUGAUUUUGUUAAUAAUUUCGUUGGUGCAGUUGAUUCUGAACUACAUACUCAUGAACAACGGUCUGUAGAUCAAACAGCGACAUGGAUGAGUACAGGUACAACACCAUCCCCACUCACGGUAGGCUCUUCUCCAAAAAUUGAACCUGAAAAAAUUAAAAAAUGGCGCGAGGAUCAGAAAGAAGUACUGGAAAGGAAAGAUGCAGAGGAAGAGAAGAAGAAGAAUGAAAUGCGUGCAACAGCAAAAAAAGAAAUGAGUGAUUGGUAUAAUCAGAGAGAAGACAGGCUAGUCAAGACCAAGAUGUUGAACAGAAAAGCCGAGGAAGAAUUCAUAGCAGAUCGUGACUCAGUCAAAGAAGGUGCAGAAUGGGAACGUAUUGCCAAACUAUGUGAUUUCAACGUUAAAAAUUCAAAGAGUGCUAGUGACUUGUCACGUUUGAGAUCAUUACUUCUCCAGCUGAAAGGUCGAAAGGAAUAA